AUGCCGCUUCCGUGGAAGAAGAUGCGGGUGAACCGAAUUUCCCAAUUCGUCGCCGAUCUCCAAUCACCGAAACGGGGCGGUUCACUCGUGGUCCAGACUGGUUUUCCGACCUCCCUCGUCGACCUCUUCGUCAAGAACCGCGAUCACUUGAAAAAGCCGUCGAAAAAGAACAAGAACAGGAAGAAGAAUAACCGGUCGGCUGACCAGGUCAACGAUCGGAUCACGGCGAAUUGUGAACUGGGUUCGGGCAAUUUCGGGAUUUUGGUGCAACCCAGUUCACCAAAGGUCAAGAAUUUGAGCCGGGAAGAAGGUGAUCGCGGUGUUGAAGUGGUGAGUUUCGGGUUUUGGGUGAGACUCAAGUUGAGAGUCGGAUUGUUGUUGAUGAUGAGCAAUGCGUCGGUGGGAAUUGGAGAGCGGUUUUGCUGGCGGUGUUGA